AUGGCCGACGUCUCCAAACUCCGCCAUGCCGCCUGCGGACGCACGCCCGCGUGGCCCAACAAUGACGCGGUGCCGGAGCUCACAUCGCUGCGCGGGUUCGUGAUGCGGCGCUUCCUGCUGUGGUCGCUCUUCGGGCUCUGGAUCUUCGGACUCGGGGCGUACAUCGUCAUGUGGCUCUAUUCGGGCCUGUGCGUGGCUCGCUGGGCAGCGUCGGCGGUGCAGAACGGCGGGUGGGCGCAGGCAUCGCCGCCACCCGUGGCUGUGCAAGCCUAUCUGGCGUUCACUGUGCUGUACGAGGGCUACCACUACGUCACGCGCGACUCGCUGCAUCUGUGGCCCCGGAUGAGGCGUCUCGCGCGCUACAUUCUGCUGCACUAUCCGUACUUCCGUCUGAAUGUGACCAUCUUCGAGGAGAGAGAACUGGCCAAGCAGAAGCUCAGGGACGAGGAAGAGCAGUCCAAGGACAGCGAUGAUGCCACGGCUGAUGACGACGACGAUGACGAGCAAGAUGGCGCUGGCCAGCAUCUCAGCGCGGAUGCAGCGGCCAAGGCGGUCGAGGAGAACGACAUCUCGCCGUUCGUGGAAGCCGGGAUGAAAAAUCUCUAUGCGUUCCACCCGCAUGGAGUGCUGACCUGCGGCUUCUCCUUCAACGGAGCGUAUCACAUGGGCUUCGAGCGCUCUGCGUGUCGAUGGUUGUCGGCAGAAAACCUCUUCUGGUUCCCCGUCGUUCGCGACAUUCUCAACUGGAUGGAGUACAGCAGCUGCGCAAAAGCCAACAUGCUCAAGUUCAUGGGCAGCGACUACAACGUGAGCAUUAUCCCCGGAGGCUUCGAGGAGGCUACGCUCUACCAGAGAGGCAAGCACCGUUUGUAUCUCAAGAAACGCUUCGGCUUUAUCAAAAUCGCGCUGCAGCACGGCUACAAUGUGCACCCAGUGUACACAUUCGGCGAGGAGUACACGUACCACGCAUUCCCGUAUCUGCAGUGGUUUCGUCUGCAACUGAACCGGUUUAAGAUUCCUGGCACUCUUUUCUUUGGUGACGCUAUGUGCUUCUACCUCCCCCGAAACGAUGUGGACCUCAUCACUGUUGUGGGCAAGCCGCUGCGAUUCCCCCGCAUCGAACGCCCCACAAAGGAUGAUGUACAAAAGUACCAAGCGCAGUAUAUGCAAGCGGUUCGGGAUCUGUUCGACAACUACAAGGGUGUCUACGCUGUCGAUCCGAAUGCCACGCUAGAAAUCUACUAA